CGCGCUUUAAUUCAGUCAGUCAUGUAUUCAACUGACUAAUUAGUAACGUGUAAAGGAUAUUUUAUGUAUACAGCAUAAAAUUUGUCUUUAUUUCAAAUACGAAUAGAAUAAGUGUUAGGCGAUGAAGGGCAUACACCUAAUUGCCUUUCUGGCAUCUUGGACCGUGAUCACCGCAAGUAAAUUACCGUUUAUUACCUUUGAAGAAUGUCCAGCGGGGAACCCUUGCCCGCCGGUAUUAAUAGCUCACGAAACGGAUUGUUCGAAAUUCUACGAAUGUCAAAGCGGUCGGAAGGUGUUGCGUUCUUGUGCAGCCGGCCUAUACUUUAGCAAAAAAUGGCAAGGUUGUGUUAAUCGGGAGAUUUCGGAUUGCCCGCCAGUUACUCCUUCUACCACAACUACAACCUCGACACCUCCAUGGACACCCCCUCCUGGCGAAUGCGUUAACGGAGAGCUAAUAAAGCACGAAUGUAAAUGCGAGAAAUUCUACGAAUGCAAAAAUGGUGCAAAAGCUCUGCGUGAAUGUCCAGAUGGCGAAAUCUUUAAUCCUACGACAAAAACUUGUCAACCGGGUGAUAAGGAUACUUGCGAAUUUCCUAAACCUCCAGGCUGCACUGUAGGGACAAAUAAACCUCAUGAAUGCCAAUGCAAAAAAUACUACACGUGCAUACCAGGCGAUCUAUGGGCUUUGCGUGAGUGCGAUGACGGAUGGCACUUUGACAACACGACGUUGAAGUGCAUUGUAGGUGCAGACUGCAACCCGAAACAACCUAUAUGUUAUAAUGGCGAUAGGGAGAAACAUGAAUGUCGCUGCGAUAAAUACUAUGAAUGCGAUAAUGAGGAUUGGAUCGUCAAAAACUGUGCGAAUGGUUUACAUUUUAGCGAGGCUUUGAAAAUAUGCACGGAUCCACUAACGGCUGAUUGCGACGACACUUUAAAACCUGACAUUUGUCCAGUACCUACUCCCGACAAAUGGCCCCACGAGUGCGACUGUAGAUUGUAUUACCAGUGUGUAAAUAACAAGAAGAAGUUAUAUGAAUGCAGUUGGGGAUCCUAUUACGAUAGAAUCAGUCUAAAAUGCAACGCCGCAAAAGAUGUGAAAGAUUGUAGAAACAAGUGGGACGACAGAUGGCUCCCUAAAUACAUUUUUUUGUUCGACACAGAAAUACAUCUAAUUGCCUUCCUGGCAUCUUGGACCGUAAUCACCGCAAGUAAAUCACCGUUUAUCUUUGAUGAUGAUACAUGUCCACCGCAGGACUCUUGUCCGCCGAAAUUAAUAGCUGUCCAAUCGGAUUGUUCGAAGUACUUCGAAUGCCAAAACGGUCAGAAGCAAUUGCGUUCUUGCGCAACCGGCCUAUUCUUUAGCAAAAAGUGGCAUGGUUGCGUCAACCGAGAGAUUUCGGAUUGCCCGGUGUCAAUUGAUGAAUGUCCAGCGGGGACUCCUUGUCCGCCGGUAUUAAUAUCUCACGAAACGGAUUGCUCGAGGUACUACGAAUGUCAAAAUGGUCAGAAGCAAUUGCGUUCCUGCGCAGCCGGCUUGUUCUUUAGCAAAAAGUGGCUUGGUUGUGUCAACCGAGACAUUUCGGAUUGUCCAAUUGUGAAUGAAUGUCCAGCGGGGACUCCUUGCCCGCCGGUAUUAAUAUCUCACGAAACGGAUUGCUCGAGGUACUACGAAUGCCAAAAUGGUCAGAAGCAAUUACGUUCCUGCGCAGCCGGCUUGUACUUUAGCAAAAAGUGGCUUGGUUGUGUCAAUCUGGAGAUUUCGGAUUGCGCAUUUGCUAGCACAACUUCAAACUGGACCCCAACUGUUCCAUGGACCCCUUCUCCUGGUGAAUGCGCUAAUGGUGACCUAUUAAAGCACGAAUGUAAAUGCGAAAAAUUCUACGAAUGCAAAAAUGGUGCAAAAGCUCUGCGUGAAUGUCCUGUCGGCGAAAUCUUUAAUCCUGGAACGAAGUCCUGCCAACCGGGUAGUAAGGAUGAUUGUAUCAUUGGUCCGCCUCCACUUUGCACGAUAGGGCUAAAUAAAGCUCAUGAGUGCCAAUGCCAUAAAUACUAUACGUGUGUAUCAGGCGGUCGAUGGGCCUUACGUGAGUGCCCUAACGGAUGGCACUUUGACGAGACGACGAUGACCUGCAUUGGAGGUGAUUGCCUUCAGAAGCGACUAUAUAUAUGCAAUAAUGGCGAUAAGAUGAGCCACAACUGUGACUGCAAUAAAUAUUAUGCAUGCAUAGGUGAAGAUUGGUAUUUGGAAAAAUGUCCGAGCGGUUUACAUUUUAGCGAGAGUCGGAAAUUCUGUACGAAUCCAGUAGAUGCUGGUUGCUUACCUUGGUAAAAAUGAAAAGUUUUAUAAGCAUUUUUUUAGCGUUUAUGUGAACAUUUUCGAGAUUUCUUUGAGAGUUUCAUAACGUUAAUGGAAAAUUUUUGUAGAGCGGACAUUGCAACGUUGAAAUAUUUGAAAAGCAUUUGUAUAAGAAAAAAAAGAAGGGACGUGAACUGCUUUAGAAUUGUAAAAUUUUCACGUAACGUUAUGUACAGCAUUUUAUAAAUAUUCCGAAAGCAUUCAAAACAUAAUGGCGUGUAAGCGUUUUUACAAAUUUUGAAAGCGUAUAAACUCUCAGAAAACUCUCAUUAAAUGGUUCUCAACGCUUUAUAAAGCUUCUUAUUUUUGUCAAGAAAUUUAAAAAUAUAAUCAGAGAUGACGAUUGCCUAGUAUCUAUUCUCGAAAAAUGACGGGUGUGACUGUAAAUUGUAUUAUCAGUACGAAAAUAAAAAGAAGAAAAUACAUAAUUGCAUUUAUGGAUCCUUCGAUAAUACCAAUGUAAAAUGCCACAAUAAACGUGAGAAACAAUAAAAACAGCUGGAUAAUUAGGUAUAGAUAAUCAUUGAUUUCAGAAAAAGUAUAAAAAAGUUGAGAGUGACGAAGAGUAUGAGAAACACUGUUAAAACUAUAUAUAUAUAUGCUGUUGUAUUUGUAGGAAUUUAGACAAUAUAUAUUUUGUUAAGACAUUUUAAUAAAUCUAAUAAAAAAACAUUUAAUUGUG